ACUACUUUGCACUCUGAUCCAAGACAGCAGGACAACAGUGUCAAGUUAUUCUGGGGGAAAUUUCAAAGUACAAAUAGGUGAAGUCUAGAUUUUCUGAACUCUAGAAACUACUUUGCACUCUGAUCCAAGACAGCAGGACAACAGUGUCAAGUUAUUCUGGGGGAAAUUUCAAAGUACAAAUAGGUCAAGUCUAGUUUGUCGUGAGAGUGGAAUUGCCUGUAAAUUUCAAGUCUCAAAAUGUCCCACACUUGCCCGGUCCCUACUAAUAAGGACUCCAAUGCCUUGACCAUUAGUACCAAAUCAGCAAAUUCGGACGACACCAAGAUCGCGAUGUGCGCCACCUUGGAGCUGGACAACUGUCGGGCUGAGAACUACCAGCUGAAGAAGAAGCUGAUCGAGUACGAGGCCACCAUCCGCAGUCUCGAGCAGCUGGUGUCCACCAUUGCCGAGAAACAGCACCAGAUCCUCAGCGAGGUGGUGGAGUUGCGCAAGGAGAGUCGCGCCGCUUCGUUGGAAAACACUGUCCAGGAGGAAGAUACUUUGGGUGGUGACUCGUCUGGCACCCUCCAGGACGAUGACGUCGCCGAUGAGGAUGGCUACAGUCCGGACUCCGAAUCGGAGGCCAACGAUACCCAGUCGCCGGCCCUCUCUGCCAACUCCUCGUUGGCUUCGCUGGCUUCCUUGUGCUUUUCAUCAACCAGCUCGUUGGCCACAUCCUUGGCCGAUGCCAGCUCAGAUUCCGAGUAUGAACCGAAUCUGUUUAAUGCAUUGGAUUUGUCAGAUCAAUCCGAGGAUAAUGCGGAAGCCGAUUCGCUUUCGAUCACACCUGAUCCAGAGAUUUCGCCGCUACAGGAUUACUCCUCUGAGUCCGAAGGCGAACCAUAAGCUCUGUUGCUAAUGUAUUUGCACAUAACUUCUGAAUUACAGAAUUAUAUGUUGUGUUGAACAAA